GCUUGUCGCAUUAGGGAAAAUGGAGGGUGAAGCAGCCACAGUAACCGUGCUUGAACACUGCAAAGUGAGUCCAGCCCCAGACGGUGUCCCCGUGACAUCUCUGCACCUCCCAUUUUUCGACUUGUUAUGGCUCACUUUCCAUCCCCUCGGCCGUCUCAUCUUGUAUGAUUUUCCGCACUCCACCAACCAUUUUAUUCAAAAAACCGUUCCGAUUCUGAAAACAUCACUCUCUCUCGCCCUCAAAAACUUCACUCCCCUGGCUGGAAAAUUACUAAUUCCCUCCGAUGCUGAUUCCAACGCUGAUUGCCUGAUCCGAUACUCGGACGGAGACUCGGUCUCUGUCACAUUUGCUGAGUGCAACGGCGAUGUUAAUCAUUUCUUUGGAGGCCAUGCACGCGAUGCAGACGUAUUAAAGCCUCUUGCUACUCCAAUCUCUUCGACUAGUCUGUUUGCUAUUCAGGUUACGGUAUUCCCGAACAGGGCCAUUUCUAUUGGAAUCAUGAACUCCCAUGUGGUUGCAGAUGGGAACACUGUGUUCAAUUUUAUACGAGCAUGGGCUUCGAUUGCUAAACGACUCUGCAGCUCUGAUAUUGUGUCUACAGAGGAUUACAUGAUCCCGGAUUAUGAUAGGAGUUCUAUUAAGGAUCCCUACGGUCUGGGCACCAUGAUUAUGAAAUCUUUAGGACCGCUAAUUAAACAGGUCCAGAUAAAAGAAUCUUCGGUCCCCAGGGCCAGAGCGACGUUUGUUUUAACUGAAUCUAAAAUUCAAGCCCUCAAGAAGACGGUUUUAGCCAAACGGCCUGAAUUAUCCUACGUGUCAUCUUUCACCGUCACGUGUGCUUAUCUCUGGACAUGUUUCGCAAAAUCAAGAUACAAUGUGGAGAAGGAGAAGCACAGGCUAGAUGAGCCUCAGAACUUCGGGUUUGUCAUGGACUGUCGUGCUCGACUGGAUCCGCCCCUGCCUAAUUCCUACUUCGGCAAUUGCUUAGUCCCCUGCAUCGCAGCGCAGACUGGGAGAGUUAUGGCAGGAGAUGAAGGGCUAGAGGCUGCCGCAGAGGUGCUGGGAAAUGCAAUUGCUGUGAAGCUCAAGGAAGGUCCCUUGCACGAUUCGGAGAAAUGGAUGGAGCAAUUCGCGGGGUUAAUGAGAGGGGAAUGGAGUAUUGGCAUUGCUGGCUCCCCGAAAUUGGACUACUACAACAAUAUUGAUUUCGGAUGGGGUAAGCCUCUCAAGUUCGAAUUCGUGAACGAGACAUUAUCGUUGUCGAGAUGUAAAGAUUCCAAAAUGGACAUUGAAAUUGGAGUCAUUUUGCCUGAAGCUGAGAUGGAUGAGUUCUCAACGCUUUUCAUCCAAGGCUUGCGUGAUUUGGACGGCUAAGCUGUUUUCAGAAACAACGUUUCUCAUAUUUUCUGUUUGCUGGUUACGUAUUUUCUCAGAACUCUUAUUAAAAAUGGGACAAAACAUUAUAUGUCUUCUAAUAACUGUUUUUUAGUUUUUAUAAACGCACACAGUUUUUCUGUUAUCAAGGCAAAAGUGCUUGAAUGCUUUUCUUAAAAUGUCCGGUGGUUAACUUGUUCUAUUAUUUGUGCCAUUAUCAACUACUUGCUAGCCACUUCCACGAUAACGGCAGAUCAAUAUUGUUGGAUCUGCGGAAAGAGUGUUUACCAAAUAAUCUUUGUUAUUCUGUGAAAUUUUGAAACUCGAAUUGUUCAGUAAACUGUUUAAAUUAACCGAAGGACCUGUCCCUAGCCAUCGGUUGUAUCCAACCAGCUAUUCGCAGUAGCACCCACAAAUUUGCGCUGGUAGGUAAGUUGAAAAACGGCCUGUGCUGCUCUGUUUUAGCAGCACUGAUCCCCUUAAUUUUUGUUGAAAUUUUGGCAGCACUUCUCUGUUAAUGCAAGUUACCAGUCCUGUUUUUUUUGUAAGCAACAACCAACUACAGUACAAGUCAUCCCAUCAUCCAACUAAAGAAGAAUUACAAGCAACUCAAUACAGCAUACGAAUACACACAACCACCG